GCUACUUCCAUGUGGGCUUCCUGCUGUGGAUUGCUGAAUGAAGUCAUGGGUACCGGAGCUGUCCGUGGCCAGCAGGCUGGCUUUGGGGGAGGUGCUGGCCCAUUCAGAUUUGCACCAAAUACAGACUUCUCAGCAUAUCCAUCUCCAGCUGCAGCAGGCGCUAACAUAGUUUGCAAAGCCUGUGGACUUUCCUUUUCAGUUUUUAGGAAAAAACACAUGUGUUGUGACUGCAAGAAGGAUUUUUGCUCAGUUUGUUCAGUCUUACAAGAGAAUCUCAGAAGAUGUUCCACUUGUCACUUGCUGCAAGAAACAGCCUUUCAGCGACCUCAGUUAAUGAGAUUGAAAGUAAAGGAUCUGCGGCAGUAUCUGAUUCUCAGAAACAUACCGACAGAUACUUGCAGAGAGAAAGAAGACUUGGUGGAUCUCGUGCUGUGCCACCAUGGAUUAGGUUCGGAGGAGGAUAUGGACGCUAGUAGCUUGCAUUCGUCACGGUCACAGACUACGGGGUUUUUUACUCAUCCAUUUUCUAUGUCUGUAUCGGUGUCCUCACAAGGAGAACUUGCAAACAGAAGGGGAAGUGCAGGAAAUGGAACACCUUUACGGGGACAAACUGAAACAUCUUCUAUAAAUAAUGAAGAAGAAGAGAGUGCAGAAGAGCAGACCCUUGGAUUGUCCAGAAAGCGAGCGAGGGCAUCUUUGUCUGAUAUUUCAAGUCUGGAAGACAUUGAAGGGCUGAGUGUUCGGCAGCUGAAGGAAAUACUUGCGUGUAAUUUUGUCAACUACUCAGGAUGCUGUGAAAAAUGGGAACUUGUGGAAAAAGUGAGCAGACUAUACAGAGAGAGCGAGGAAAACCACAAGACGCAGGGUGAGAAGAUGCAGCUGAAUGACAACGAUGAUAACCUGUGCCGGAUCUGCAUGGACGCCGUGAUCGACUGCGUCCUGCUGGAGUGUGGCCACAUGGUCACUUGCACCAAGUGCGGCAAGAGGAUGAGCGAGUGCCCCAUCUGCCGACAGUACGUUGUACGGGCCGUGCACGUGUUCAAAUCUUAAACCAAGACCAAAACUGGAUUAUUUUUUUUUUUAGUCGCUCUGCCAGGAUUUCUGUGGGCAGGCAUGCCGACCCUUGGGGCGUACAUCAGCUUUUUAGGGCUUGAUAAACACAGCAGUUUGAGCAUCAGGAUCUAGAAGUUUGUGAAACAUUUUUCUACAGCAUACUCAA